CAAGCGGACCAAAGAUGACUGCGUCACACCUGGGAUAUUGAUUCAACGUAACUGACCACCAGAUUGGCAGGCGAACUGGUGGGGACCGGAAGCCGUUAUACCUCUUGAAAUAUUUUAUAACUGACUAUCAUAAUGGGUUAUUCCGAAAUGUGUAUAGUUCGGAAGACAUUUAAACAGAAUAUACCUGUACUAUCACCUAUAGUGUGUUAAAUCCUAUACUAGCUAGAACGAGCUUUUGAGUUAGAAUCUGUCGAAAAUGGUAUCUUCAUGUUGUCUGCAUUGUGUCUGUAACACACAAUUUUCAUUCACAUGCGUCUUUUAUUUCUAAAUCAUUAAGAAAUGUUCGUUAAUAGACUUGUGGGAUUUUAAAAAGAAACUGUGAUUUUUGUGUUUUUAAUUCUGGAAUUUCGGAAUCAAUUAAAUAAAUGAAAUGAGAAAGGAAAUGAACUCCCUCAUUUCAUAGUGGCAUUUCGUGUGAAUUAUCGAACGAAUUCAACGGGAUACGGAUUAAUUGGAAAAUUAUGGAAAUUUUAAAUCAACAUUGAAAUGGAAUUAAGUAUACCUUCGGUGCUGGAUUUAUUUAAGAGAUUUAACACACAUGGAUUCCUGACGUGAAAAUUGGAAUUUUACCUGUUGCGUGAUUAUACAGGAUCACUAAAUGGCGGACAAAUUUGAAAACGAGGCCAGGCAAUCAACAUCUCGGAUACACGAGUGUGCCGAAGAUAAAGUGAGGAGAAUUUUGACGAACGACCGCGGAUUUAUAAAAUUUGAAGGUUGUGACGAGGAGCUAGGUCUAAGGCGUUAUAUACGCGUUAAUGAUGACGGCAAAAAAGAAGGACCAGGACCCCUUGACGACGUCCUCAAGUCUUUGAUGAGGGAGUGGGAACUCAAAACCCCUAACCUCCUCAUCUCCGUGACGGGAGGGGCCAAAAGCUUCCAGGUGAAAACACAGCAGAGAACAGCCUUCAGGAGGGGGCUUAUCAAACUGGCCAGGACUACGGACCCAUGGAUAAUAAGCGGCGGAAGUAACACCGGUAUCAUGAAGGAAGUCGGUGAAGCGGUCCGCGACUUCAAUCUGACAGCCAAUUGUGGCCAAUCGAUCGUUGCCAUAGGAAUAGCCACGUGGGGAGUUGUUCAAAAUCGAGAACACCUAAGAAACGUCACUAAAAGUCAUACAGAAAUUGAACAUACGAUCAAAGUGCCAUCUAGUGUUGACGAUUUGAACUCGUCGAGAAGUUACAAGAUAGAACGCGUUGUGAACAGGAACGAGACGUUUCUGAACCCGAAUCACACGCACUUUAUAUUGGUGGACGAUGGUUCUGAACACCAGUUCGGGAAGGAGAUUGCUUUCCGUGCAGAAAUAGAAAACGCUGUUGCCAACUUGAAAACGGACACGGGGAAAGACGCUGUAUCUGUGCCGGUGGUGCUAUUGGUUGUUGAGGGAGGACCUAAUACCAUAGAAACCGUGCUGAACGCCGUCUGUAAAAACACGCCCACCGUCGUCGUCAAGGGUUCGGGAAAGGCCGCAGAUAUUAUAGCAUAUGCCUAUGAACAUGCAAGGGAAAUAAUCGAACACGGCAAAGAAUCUGGACGAGGAAGGCCGGUGUCGGUGUUCGACGAGUCUUUGAAAUCGAAGAUACGAGCAAUGAUUGAGGAGGAGGCGUGGAUCAAUGUGGUGAUUGACGAUGUCUGCAAAAAUGUCGAGAUGUGUGUGAAAGAAAGGAACCUGAUAACAGUGUUCGACAUAACUGCUACGUCUGAAAUGUCGCAGGGCAUCGACAUAGCCAUACUUAUGGCUCUCAUGAAAGUCAAGAGAGACAACUCCUUGAGCCAGUUGAAGCUCGCCCUCUGUUGGAACAGAAUUGACAUCGCCAACAGCGAGAUUAUGCGAGACAUGAGUCGACAGAGCCUGGAGACAGCCCUGGCGGAUAACGACAUGAUAAUGUCAGCACUCGGCCUAGAUAGAGUGGACUUCAUGGACCUUUUUAUGGACAACGGUGUGGACAUCAACACAUUCUUGACCGCCAAACGAUUGAAACAGCUUUAUCACGAGGUUUCCGCGAACAGUAUUUUGAGGACGGUUUUGAAGAAGUACCCGAAAAAGGUGGACCUUAGAUCGGACGAUUGCCUGGUACAGAUCGGGAUACUGAUCAAUUUUCUUCUCGGAGACUUUUACGAGGUCCUGGCAGUGUACAAGAAACCGGAUGAGAGAAAAAGUUCCCAAUCGUUAAUUGAACAAAAGAAUACCCAAUUCUUUCCAAGACAGGAAAGCAGUAAUGGUCUCGAACAUAAACAAUGGGGGAAACCUCAAAACCAAAUUUUGCAAAAUGAUAAUGUAGUGGUAUCGAAAACGAUUGUUGAGAACGGGGUUGAAAAUAAAGUGACGUCAACGAACCGUUUCUUCCAGAACAAAAUAGAAGCGGACACCAGAGUUGUUUCCCCUGUUAAGAAGCCGCCUCCCCGUUUACACACCAUGAAAUCUGCCGUUCGUAAUUUCGUUUCCGUGAAAGGAACACUAGAAGGAAUUCAUAGAUUUGAAAAUCCAAAUCUCCACUUGUUCCUAUGGUGCGUGCUUACAAACCGACAGAAAAUGGCGAAACUAUUUUGGAAAUAUGGCAAGGACCACAUCGCCGCCGCCUUAGUUGCCCACGGCCUGUUAAAGAAGAUGUCAACUCUCGUGGGAGAUAAAGAUUCCGAGAAAACACUGAAACACAACUCAGAUGAAUUCAGUCGACUUGCUCUGGAAAUUCUAAACGAAUGCCAAGAAAAGGACGAAAAGAAGGCCACAGAUCUGUUAACACAGCGUAUAGAUGAAUGGGGACACAGUACGUGCGAGCAAAUCGCCAUGAAGACAGACAACAAAGACUUCGUCGCUCAUGCGACUUUUCAAUCACUUCUGAGCUCUAUGUGGAUGGGCGAGUUAUCUCCCCUGAAUGGACUCCCUCGGAUCCUGGUUUGCAUCGUUCCUCUUUGUCAGCCUCUGAUCUUAUGGAUCUUAAGAUUCAAAGUGGAUGAUCAACGCGAACAAACAGAGGCGAAACAAAUCAAAAGUGAGACUACUGCACUUAGUGACAACCUCUCCAUCAGGAAACAACCCGACGACGAUAUCUCGGAGGAGCUACCCAGAGUGUCAGGGUUGAAGAAGAUACAGUUUUUCUAUCAAGCACCUGUCGUGAAAUUCGUGCUAAAUGCUAUGUCAUACGUGGCGUUCCUCACGUUGUUUAGCUACGCACUUCUGUCCAGAUUUGACAGCUCUGUGACCGGAGUUGAGGUCACGCUAUUUGUCUGGGUGUUUAGUUUGUUUAUAGAGGAAGCCAAUCAGUUUCUCUCAUCAAACAACACUUACUUCCUGAACAAGUUGAAUAUCCUUGACAUGCUGCCUAUCGUUUUAUUUCUGAUUGGCGUCAUAUGUCUCUUAGUGUCCGGAAGUGUCCCUCUGGAAGUCGGCCGGAUAUUUUUCUCCUUCUCCUUUAUCGGUUUCUUCAUGAGGUUACUCGGAUUGUUCUCCGUUCACCAAAGUCUUGGUCCGAAACUGGUCAUGAUAACAAAAAUGUUCGUUGACCUGAUUUCCUUCCUGGCCAUCCUAAUGGUGUUCGUUGUGUCAUACUCAAUCGCCGCCCACGCCAUUUUGUAUCCAGUUUCCAGGUUUGACGGAGAUCUUCUCUUUAACCUCCUUCGGAUCCCGUACUGGAACCUGUAUGGAGAACUCAUUCUAGACGAGAUGGAAAUAAAAGAGCCAGAGUGUAGUUUUGAUCCCCUGCUUUAUGAAAACGACACCCUCCCUCGCUGUCCCACGGAGAUCGGGGGGUAUGUCGUACCGAUAUUAAUGGGGUUUUACAUGAUGAUUGCCAAUCUUCUUCUUCUUAAUCUCCUCAUUGCUAUGUUCAGCAACACAUUCCAGAAAGUACAGGAGAAUUCAGAUCUGUACUGGUACUUCCAGAGGUUCACUUUAAUCUACGAUUACUCCUGUCGUCCGAUGCUUCCUCCGCCCCUUAUCCUUGUUUGUCACGUGUGGAAGUUACUUCAAUGGUGCUACUGGAAAUCCAGGCAGGUGUGCAGGUGUGCCCGGAUGUGCUGUAGAGAUUGUACCUAUAAAGACACUUCCAUAUUUGGCGAUGUUUGCGACAAAGAGGCGUCCUUAACACAGUGGGAAAAGAUCGUGGCUGACGAAUACCUUUACAGAACCUUUCACGCCACGGAAAACACAGGCGGCGAUAAGACGAAGACGAAAACAACUGAAGACAGUGCAUCAAGUCGUGAUGCACUCAUUGACCUCAAGUUAGAUGCAUUGCUUGCAAAACAAGAGGAGCUAUACGCAAAUCAGAUGAGAAAAACAGGUAAUGAAGAGGCAACGACUGAAGAAUUUAUCACAGUAAAGAAAUCCAAGCUGCAUUACCUGUCGCGUGCUUGUCUGUAUCCUUCAUCGAGUGUCAUGCGGUUUCCGGUACCGGACAGUCUCGUGUCGUGGAAGUCCAAAUACAAAGACUACGAUCCAAAACUUUUAGACAAAGAACAUAAAGAAUCGACAGAAGGUGACGGAGAUAUGCCGAAAGCAGAACCGGAUAGGAGCAUGCUUCUCGAAUCAAAAGUUUCUUUGUCGUGGAACGAAUACGACAAAGAAUAUGGUACCGAUAGGCGGAGCGUUCUCGGAAAAUACAAGGUGGAAUCGGGCGUCCCACGCAAUCCUGUCGGUAGAACUGGCAUUAUAGGGCGUGGGUGUCUUGGUGUAUGGGGACCCAAUCACGAAAACAAGUUGAUAGUCACAAGGUGGGCAACAGACACUACUGGCAAAAAGAUGUUACGAAAAGGAAAACCCCUGUUUCAAUUCCUUUCCUGGAAACGAACAUCUGACGGUGAUUGGUCAAUUUAUCCGGAGCAUGCCACUGAAAAGGUAGACCACGCAGUUGUCAAAGAGUUAAUUCCGAACGUGACAGGAAAACCAACGGAACGUUUAGAGUCCAUGUUUCAGAAAGGUCAAGAGGUGUACCUAGGUUAUGUAGACAGUCUGCGAAACACUGACAAUGCCUGGAUUGAGGUCACAACCAAAUCAUUUAUGGACGACAGCCAAAGCUUACAGCAGAGUACUUACCUCAACAACUUUAUCUUCCAGGAGGAUGGCUUACUUCAUCUAGCAGUGUGGAAAACAGCGUCCUCUCGUGACAUGAAUAGCACAGAACAAUACCGGUGUCUGAAAAGUAUUGCAAAAAGUCUUCGAGCAUCAUUUUGAACACCUUAAGAACAUUGAAAAAAAUAGGCUUGUUAUCUUGUACGCAAAAUUAUACCCGCCCUUCGUAGCAACCAAAAGAACAAGAUGUCAUCUGGAGGGACACCGGGAUAUCUUUUAUUUUCUGUCACAUAUGCUGCUACCUAUUUAUACCAUCUGGUAAACUGCAAACAAGAUAAAAAGUGUCUUUCGAAGUUCUACUGAAAAAUACAUCCCAAAAUGAUACUUGCGAUGGAAAAUCCGCUUGCACGAUAUUUGCCUAACACAUUUAUAAUUCGUCUACGAAAUGGAAUACCACGUUUGGUGAACAGAGGUUAACUCUAUACACUCCCGCGUCAGAAUGAUAGAAAAAUGAUGAAUGCAUUUUAGUUUCAUUAUUUCAGAAAAAAGCAAUUGCGUUUUAGCAUACCAAGUAGUGAAACAGAUACAAGUUAUACUUUGAAUAACAUGUUGUCCAAUCCUUUUGAAUCAUUGGAUCAAUAAAAUAUGUUUAAACUUACUGAUAUGAUACGUUAAGGUGAGUAUGAUUUUUAGGUUAUGAUGCAUUAGAAUCCGGGAACCAUUGGUCACAAAAAUGAUUGACAAUUUAUAUGUUUUUCAAUGGUGAAUAUGUGAAACAUUGUAUGUCAGCGAACACAUAUUAAUGAAUGUCUAAUUGAUUGGUUACAGGUAAAUUAAUAUGAAAUAUAAUAUUUGAAGUGUUAUCUAUGCAUACAUUUGUGUGGAAGAGAUACUCUCAAUAAAGUAACUGUAGUAAGUGGAGGGUGAAACAGCUAACAAGCACUAUAUAGAGAGAUUGUUUAUGAAGCGAGUAAUGUAAAGCGAGAGUGCUAUUACUUCAAUAUGAUGGUGCAUUACAAUAUCAUAUUCUACAUCUGAGACAAAUUCUCAGUUCUUAAUAAUUUUGUCAAAUGUUAUUUGAUUGUUUAAAUAUCAAGUCAAGGCCCGUAUUCAUGAAACCGUUUUCAUGCUCAAUCCUAGAUUCUGUGCCACAGCCCAGUUUUCGUACCCUUGAUAAUUUAUUUUUUCAAUAACUUUGAAAUAAUUUGGGGGGAUUUACGCCGAAUACUGUUUUCAAAGUUUACUCUUGACGUUUUGAUAGUGUAACAUGAUUAAAGCUGGUUAAAAGAAAGUUGGCUUGAGCACAUAAUUCAUACUUGAGAAUGUGAACGAUUUCAUGAAUACGGGCGCAGUCUUGCGUUUCAUAGAUUUAAAGUAAUUAGAGUCAUACCUUAAAGUUAAUGUGUUAAAUCAACACGACAUUCAUUGCUUAAGGAAAUCGAUACUUUAUAUAACUAUAUAUUGCAUAGAAAGAAUUGUAUGUGAUGUACAGUUCAAUCUGCAAAAGGAGACACCCCCUCCCCCUUUUGGGGAAAUAAAAAAGCGGUCCCUUCACACAAGUGGUCUUUUAAAAGGAAUGGUCGCAUGAGACGAUUUGACUGAAUAUUUAUAAAGUGGAAGCUGCUGUUUGACUCAUUUCAUGUCUUGGCUAUAUUAGUAAUUUUCUUUAAAUUGUAUAUUCAUGUAUUUUAAAAAAAAUAUCUCCAUAUCUGUGAUAUGCU